CCAGGAAAAUUAAUCAAGUUAGGAUCACUGCACCGGGAAAGAGAGGCGACACAUUUAGAAGAAGAGAUGUUCCGCAACCAGUACGACAACGAUGUCACAGUGUGGAGCCCGCAGGGCCGUAUCCACCAGAUUGAGUAUGCCAUGGAGGCAGUGAAGCAAGGCUCUGCAACUGUAGGACUCAAAUCCAGAACCCAUGCAGUCCUGGUUGCACUAAAGAGAGCCCAGUCUGAACUGGCUGCCCACCAGAAGAAGAUCCUCCAUGUCGACAACCACAUCGGUAUCUCCAUUGCUGGACUGACUGCUGAUGCCAGACUGCUCUGUAACUUCAUGCGUCAGGAGUGCCUGGACUCCAGAUUUGUCUUCGACAGGCCCCUCCCCACAUCACGUCUUGUCUCUCUUGUUGGCAGCAAAACCCAAAUCCCAACACAGAGGUAUGGAAGGAGGCCCUACGGUGUUGGACUCCUCAUUGCUGGCUAUGAUGACAUGGGACCUCACAUCUUCCAGACCUGCCCAUCAGCCAACUACUUUGACUGCAAAGCCAUGUCGAUCGGAGCGCGCUCUCAGUCUGCACGCACCUACCUGGAGAGAUGCAUGGACAAGUUUUCCGACUGUAAUCUGAAUGAGCUGGUCCAGCAUGGCCUCCGUGCUCUCAGAGAAACCCUCCCCACUGAGCAGGACCUCACUACCAAGAAUGUUUCCAUUGGCAUUGUGGGGAAGGAGAUGGAGUUCACCAUUUAUGAUGAUGAUGAUGUUGCCCCAUUCCUGGAGGGGCUGGAGGAGAGGCCACAGAGAAAGGUUGCCCAGCCUGCAGAUGAACCGGCUGGAGAGGUACCUGAUGAGCCAAUGGAGCACUGAGGCAGCGAGCCGACCAGUGAUCUACUUCCUGUAGAUCCCAGACCAACCUGACACUUACUGCAGCUCACCAGAGUAAUUCUUAGAGGGGAAAAGAUGUUGUUAUGAUGUGCCACUAGCUUAACUGUUAAUCCAAAAUAUUCUCUGCUGACAUCAACCAGUGUGAUGUUGCUUUUGUAUGAGUGACAUGUACCAUUAUACAAGUAAUAAACUCUUUUUUUGAAUUGUG